GGCAGCAUUAGAGAACCAGGAUGACUUUCACAUUGUGGUUGUUACUGUGGUUCUGUGGUGUAACUUUGGGUCAGGAUGGUUUACCUCAAACAGUCACUACUGGAACCGGGUCACACUUUCCUGAUAUGUCUAAGUUGGUCAAAGAGAUUGGGGCUAUAAAAGAGAAACAAGAAGCCAUGGAAACGAGGCAAAAGGAGACUGAAAACCAGGUUCUAGAGCUGAAGAAGAAAGAAGCAUCCAACGUAGCAUUUAGUGUUGCAACAGAUGGCAGGGAAUCUCUUGGACCCUUCAGCACAGACACAACCAUAAUCUACGGAAGAGUAAUAAUCAAUGAGGGUAAUGCCUACAAUCAGCACACAGGUAUCUUUUCUGCACCAGUUCCAGGCAUAUACUACUUCACCUUCUUUUAUCAUGCUGUUGGAUCAGAAGUUGUGAGUCUAGCCCUUAUGAAGAACAACGAGGAAGUUGUGACCGCCUAUGACCACAAAUCAUCACACGAUGGGGCUGAUAAUGGAGGCAACGCAGCUUUCCUGCAACUGCAGCAAGGAGACCACGUGUACAUGAGGAUGUAUGCGAACAGUCAUGUCUGGCAGAACGCUCGCACCACCACUUUCAGUGGUGUUAAAUACUCUUAGGCAAAUUAAGCAAUAAGCUAGAUUCAAUAACUAAGACUACAUUUGAAAUAUGGAACACGGUAAUUGAUAAUUACAAGUUAGAGAAGGAAACAAGGAGUUUGAGCUGGUUUGCUUGGGAUCCGAGGUUUAAACCAGGUAUUUAUGAUAGAGGUUUCAAACAAUGGGCAAAUAAAGGUGCCACAGCAAUGUGUAAAUUGGCUGAAAAGGGCAAACUGAUGAGUUUUAAUAGCUUAAAGGAAAAAUAUGAACUGGAGGACCAAGACCAGUAUAGAUACUUGCAAAUGAAAGAUUAUUAUGAGAAAGAGAUAAAAACCAGCGUAAGUAAAAUAAUAGAGAUAUUUCAUAAGGCCUGUGAAGGAAAUAAAUUCUGAGUUAUUUCAGCACUGUAUCAGGGACUGGUGGCAGGCAGGAAGACAUCUACUAUGUACAUUAAAGAAAAAUGGGAAGAGGAACUGAAGGAACAUAUAAGCGAGGAGGAAUGGUUUAAAAUUUGUAAAAUGCAGUGCACAGCCACCUGCUCCCGUGUUUGGAGGGAAUUUAAUUGGAAAAACAUGAUUAGAAUUUUUUAUAACACCAAAGAUCAGGACCAGGAUGGUAUCCAAUUCACAGCCAGGGUGGAGACUUUGUGGCCAGACUGAUGUAGGUCACACGCACAUAUUCUGGUCCUGUCAAAAGCUAACCACAUUCUGUUAUGCAUAAUGUUGGUCUUAUUUUGAAAAACAUAUUGGGAUAUGGAAUACCCAGAUCAUGUAAAACACUCUACCUGGGAUGCCUCACACACGACGUAAUUCAAAGGAUGAUGAAUAUCUGUUAAAAAUAUUACUUUCAGCAACAACAAAAAAACCAUCACAAAAUUAUGGUAUUGACAAGACCCGCCUACGGUGGAGCGGUGGCUGAGCAUUGUGGAGGAGAUCUUUGUGGAGAAAAUCACACAUAGACUAAGAUUGCAGGAGGACCAGUUAGUUGUUAAAUGGGAAAAAUGGAGUGAUUAUAGAUGUAAGGAGGAGGCCAUUUUUGUAUCCAGUUAAAUAUGGUCAUGGAUGUUUAACAUUGUAUAUGAAGAUGAAUGUAUUGAUGCCUCUCCACUGUAUGUGUUCAGAAAUAUUCAAUAAAAAAUAAGUAU